UUUCUUACUAUUUAUAGCUAGAGACUCUCACAUAAUUGAACCCAUACACAUGUUUUUUGUUCUGCUCAUCCUGUUAGAUCAACUCCAUUGAUAGUUGUCCAAAAAAAAAAGUAUGUAAAAAUGUAUAUAUAUAAGUGUAUGUAACUGCGGGGUUCUAAUAUUUACGGAAAACAUAAUUCAAAAUAUAUUGUUUUGGAUUACGUUUCCGUAAAACUUAAAACUCCGCAAUUACACACUUAUGUAAUAUAUACAUACAUAUAAAUGUACUUUUAGAUAUCCUAGACUAGAAACCCUUAAUGGGGUUGCUCUUACUCUAACUACACAAGUGAAACGAGAAUUAAGAUAGAGAGUACUCCAAGACGAUUACUGAAUGUCAUAAUAUGAGAUCUGUUACCUACAAAAAAAAACAUUUACUUAUGUUUGUAACUACCAAACAAACAACACGUGUAUGCCACAUUUUAAUAGUAUUACCGGCAUCCCGUUAUAUAAAACGAAAGUAUCAAUACAUACGCUUCCGGCCCAAAUCAUAUAAUUUAUUUCGAAUUUAAUUCAGCAUCCGACAAAUAUGCAAUUAGGGUUUGGGUUUCUAACGUAAUCACACACAUAUAUCACCAUCUGAUCAUCAGAGCCUUUACGAGAUAUGUGAACCACGAAUUUUACCUACCACUACGUACUCCUAUUUAUUUUAUCAUGGAGGGGGCCAUACCAAACACAGUAACAUUUCAUCGAGAAACUCAACAAUCAACAUUAACUACGUACUAUGAAUGCUACUUAUCCUACCACCGACAUUUCAUUUCCUUUUCUGAAAUGAUAAUCAUCUUUUUUGGUUUAAAGUAUUCGAUUUCCUACUAAAAAUAGAUAACAAAUCUCCUGUUAAAUGAAAAUCUUAUAAUAGUUUUAACGAAAAAUAAUAUGCACAAACGAAGAAACAUGUCCUUUUACAAAAUCAUUACACUAACAUGGAAAUUAAUAUCUUGUUCUUUUGACCAAUUUCGAAAUAACAAAAAAUGUGGAAAACUCUAUCCAAUAUAUAAUAUGAUAUAUUUGUGUUACGUCAAACAUAUAAGAAAGUUCAACGAGAGAGAGAGAGAGAGAGUGUGUGUGUUACCAUUACCAACCAACCACCAUCACGAGCUUUAUACUUGCUCGGUGGUUCAUCCUCAGCCAUUCCAUUCUCCUAUUUAUCACUAUCUCUCAUCUCUCUCUCUCUCUUGUCUCCUUCAUUGUACUCUCCCACCAUGGCCAACACCGACCAGCCAACCACAGACUCACACGUAGCCGUCCUCGCUUUCCCCUUCGGCACUCACGCCGCUCCUCUCCUCUCCGUCACGCGCCGUCUCGCCUCCGCCUCUCCCUCAACACUCUUCUCCUUCUUCAACACCUCCCAAUCCAACUUCUCGUUAUUCCCCUCAGAUCUCCCAUCGAACAUCCGCGUCCACGACGUCGCCGACGGCGUCCCGGAGGGAUACGUGUUCUCCGGGAGACCACAGGAGGCGAUCGAGCUGUUUCUCGUAGCGGCGCUGGAGAGUUUCCGGGAAGCGAUCGCGUCGGCGGAGAAUGACGCCGGUAAGAAAGUGACGUGCAUGUUGACGGAUGCGUUCUUCUGGUUCGCGUCGGAUAUGGCGGCCGAGAUGAAGGCGACAUGGGUUGCGUUUUGGACAGCCGGACCAAACUCGCUGUCUGUUCAUCUCUACACAGAUCUCAUCAGACAAUCCGUACGUGUGAAUGAAGUAGAUGGGUGUAUGGAGGAGACACUAGGGUUUAUCUCUGGAAUGGAGAUGAUCAGAGUCAAAGACACACCGGAAGGAGUUGUGUUUGGGAACUUAGACUCUGUUUUUUCAGACACGUUGCAUAAAAUGGGUCUUGCUUUACCUCGUGCCGAUGCGGUUUUCAUCAAUUCAUUUGAAGAGCUAGAUAAUACACUGACGAAUAACCUCAAGUCGGAGUUCAAACGUUAUCUGAAUAUUGGUCCUCUCGCGUUGUUAUCAUCUACAUCUCAAGCGGAUGCACUAGUGGAAGAUCCUCACGGCUGUCUGGCUUGGAUCAAGAAGCAGAGGACUGGUUCUGUAGCGUACAUUAGCUUUGGUACAGUCAUGACACCGCCUCCCGGAGAGCUUGUGGCGAUAGCGGAAGGGUUGGAGUCGAGCAAAGUGCCGUUUGUUUGGUCGCUUAAGGAGAAGAACAUGGUUCAGUUACCAAAAGGGUUUCUGGAACGGACAAGAGAGCAAGGGAUAGUGGUUCCAUGGGCUCCGCAAGUGGAGCUGCUGAAACACGAAGCAACGGGUGUGUUUGUGACGCAUUGUGGAUGGAACUCCGUGUUGGAGAGUGUUUCCGGAGGUGUGCCGAUGAUUUGCAGGCCGUUCUUUGGGGAUCAGAGACUGAACGGAAGAGCGGUGGAGGCUGUGUGGGGGAUUGGAAUGACGAUUAUCGAUGGAGUCUUCACGAGAGAUGGUUUCGGGGAGUGUUUGGAUCGAGUUUUGGUUCAAGAUGAUGGUAAGAAGAUGAAGAGCAAUGCCGAGAAGCUUAGAGAACAAGCUCACGAAGCUGUCUCUGAGAAAGGAAGCUCCGUUGAGAAUUUCAAAGGAUUGUUGGAAGCAGUUGUGACCACUUUAAAUUAAAAACACAUUUUGUAUUAAUGGUAACAAUAAGAGUUAAAACAUUGUCAUGCACCUAAAACACGAAUCGAUUUAACAAAAACACUCAAAAAAGGUCAAACCAUGUAACUAGAGAAGCGCCCUAAGUUUCAAAUCAACAUUAACCAAAUUAAUUAACCAAACAAGACACUAAAGUUACCCCCAAAAGAUCUCUGUUUUCUUGGCUAUUCCAAUUCUCAAAGUCGAAUUAGGAAGCAGAGA